CUUCAUGUAUUGCAGAAGUGCGGAAGUUCCAACCGUCAAAGACAUCUACUUCCCUCUUCACAGGACCGAGUCAAAAUUUACGUGUUAAUGGAUGCAAAUCUCAUUCGGUUGUCGUCUGCAUUUACAUUUCGAGAAUUCCUUCAGAGGAAGGUCCAGAGUUCUUCUGCUCUCUCGUACAUCUCUUGUGGUUCAAAGUAUUUCGGAAGGCGCAGCUGGAAUCUUCAGUAUCGGAAGGUCGGCAUACUGGCUAGCAGCAGCAGAGAUAGCUUCGACGAAGAAGCUUUCGAGGCCCAGAGGCUCAGCCUUGACUCGAAGGCCCGAGAAUCGAUGGCGGAGGAGGCCGAGAGGGCCUUUAAUAGCAGUAGCAGCUCGGAAGACGAUCCGAAGGCCUGGAAAUGGAGAAUCCGUAAGAGGAUUUGGGAUAUGAUGGAAGCAGAGAGAAUUGCCCAGAAUCCCCGUCCCGUUCAUCACCGAAUACCCAAUUUCGUUGGUGCCGCCGCCGCUGCUAAAAACGUAGGUGGAUUAGAUGUGUUUCGGGUUGCAAACUGUGUCAAGGUUAAUCCUGAUUCUCCCCAGAAGCAGGUUCGCUUCCUAACACUCUCAGGAGGAAAGAAGUUGUUGACUCCUCAGCCUCGACUGAGGACUGGUUUCUUUUCCGUACUUGAGUCCCAGAUGUUAGCUUCUGGUACCAUCAAUGAAGCUUGCACAUCCGUUGGGGUUGCAAAAUAUGGAAGGCCAAUCAAUUUAGAUGAGAAGAUCAAGGUGGAUUUAAUAAUCAUUGGGUCUGUUGCUGUUGAUCCCAAGACAGGUGCACGACUUGGGAAGGGGGAGGGCUUUGCGGAACUUGAAUAUGGGAUGCUACGUUACAUGGGAGCCAUUGAUGACACUACCCCCAUAGUAACUUCUGUGCAUGAUAGACAACUGGUAGAUGAUAUUCCUGUUGAGAAGCUGUUAGUCCAUGACGUCCCCGUUGACAUAAUCUGCACGCCUACACAAGUGAUCUUCACGAACACAUCAAUACCAAAGCCUCAAGGAAUCUACUGGGAUAAACUGUCUCCAGAAAAGCUUGGUCAAAUCCGGGUUCUCCGAGAGCUCAAGAGUAGAAUUGAGCGUGAAACAGGACAGAAACUUCCCUGUGGACCCUCAGAGAAACUUCCUCCAACUGCUCAAAGGAGGAGCUGAAAUCAGUUAUCAUUUUUCCCACUCUUCCUUUUGAACCUUUUUUUUUUUUUUUGGGG